ACUGAACUCUUGUUGUUCCUCUUCAACCUCUUUACCUAUUCAGUGACACCAACAACACAUAACACUCUUCACCCAGCAGAAUCUAUACCUUUUUUUUUUUUUUCUUUCUCUCUUCUAUUCUCAAAUUCUCAAAUCCAAACAUUUUUUUCUCUUUUCAUUCAAGAGAAGUUUCAACGAAAGUCUCCUUCAGUCACAGGAAUAAUCACCAUCUUCUUUCUCACCACCCAUGAUGUUAAAACCCUUUUCCUUUCUCUUUAUUCUUAUCAUCACUCUCUAAUUCUUUCCGUUUUUAAUAUAUACACCCGUCUUUUACUUUCUUAACCCCUUUCUCUUUUUUCCCUUAAAAUCUUUGCCUUUUCAUGUCUUUUUGAAAGAUUUCUUCAUAAAAAGCCUUUGGAAUAACACAUCCCAAACCUUUACCCUUGUUGUUGUUCUUCUUCUUCUUCUUCUACACGGGUCUCUUUAUAUUCCAAAACUAGGCCUAUUUGUUUCUUAAACACAAUCUCUGUUUUCUUUCUCAUAAGAUACACCAUGGACACACAACAAAAACAGAGUAUCCUAUGCAAAUACACAGAACACCACACUGUUACAAAGAAAAUCAUUACAACAACAAAGAAAAACAGUAACAACAACAACAAUAACACAACCAUAAACCCAAGAGUUGUACGAAUAUCAGUCACCGACCCAGACGCAACCGACUCAUCCGGCGAUGAAAGAGAAACACAACCUUUCUUCAGAAACAGAACAAAGCGUUAUAUAAACCGUAUUGAAAUCGAAACCACUGUAAAACAAACCGUCAACAGAAAAAGACCUGCCGGAGAAUCAUCUGUUAAACGGCCGGCGAAGGCGGCGAAGGUUCCUAUUGUCAAUAACGGUAAAAAGUUCCGCGGUGUACGACAAAGACCGUGGGGAAAAUGGGCUGCAGAGAUUCGAGAUCCUGCAAGAAGGGUUCGUCUUUGGUUAGGUACUUUCGAAACUGCAGAAGAAGCUGCCAUGGUUUACGACAAUGCCGCGAUUAAGCUUCGUGGACCAGACGCUUUAACAAAUUUCGGUACACCGCCGCAGAAAGAAAUUCCGGUUGAACCCACCACCGUGAAACACGAAAUGAAACCAGAAAUUAAACCAGAAAUGAAGGUAGUUGUGGAACAAGAAACCGAAGCUUGUCGUUCUGGUAACUCCGGUUAUGAUUCCGGUGAAGAACGAUGUAUUCCACUUUCAUCACCGACUUCUGUUUUAAAUUUCCGAUCAAACUCCGGUGAGUCACAAGAAUCGGAGGAGAAAAGUGAAGCGUGUGAAGUGUUUAGAGAGUGUGAAGGUGAAACAAAUUUGUUUAACGAAACGGCGUCGUUUUUUCAAUCUGAUAUGCUAUGUUUUGAUGACGUGUUCAAUUUUGAAACUCCAGAGUUUCCUUUGUUGUUUGAAGAAGAACAGAACAAAAUGAUGUUUGAUGAUACGACACCGUUUUUGUUUGAUGAAGAAGAUUUAAGUAAAAGCAUUGUUCUUGCUGACUCACUCAUUGAUUUUGAUAAAGCAUGUUUUCCUUCUUCAUCAUCAUCUUUGUGCCAGGUGGAUGAUUUCUUUCAAGAUAUUUUGUUAGCCUCAGAUCCUCUCGUUGUUCUUUGAGAACAAGAAGCUGAGAUUUUGUUUCCGGUGACAUAAGAAAGAAAAAAAUCAAAUAAAAGUUUAUAGUAUUAAUUAUUAAUAUUAGUUUAUUUGGUUAUUAUUUGUUUUGUACACUCUAAUUACAAAAUGCUAAUGGAGUGGAUGGUUGAGUGAUGAAGUUUUGUUUACAUUUUUCUAUAUAAUGUAAUAGUAGUAUUAAUACUAUUUUUUUGCUUAAUAAUUAGUAUGGUUCAUGGUUGAGAAAUGUAAUGUAUAUUGUUCGGAGUACUACUAAUAUUAUGUUGUUCUUUUGGCAAAUGUUUG